ACAAACUCCUUUGUAGCGAGUUGGCAGCCCUUGGCCAUUGUUUUUGUUUUGCUGGCACAGCAAGAGAAAUUCUUAAAUUAGGAAAAUUUAGUUUGGCCUGGCCAAGAUUGCCCAGAAAUGGAAGCGAAUGAAAGCGCGGUGCAAGGAACGGACAAAUCACCGGCUUGUCGCACCAGCGGCGAUGGCAUGGAGCAGCCGGAAAACAGUGGAGCGGCCAAAACAGAGAGCGAAGUCCCAUCGAGUGCUGAUGUGGACAUCAAGGUGAAGAGGCCGCAAUUAUCGCGGAAAGACAGCUCCGUUGUCCAGGAGGCUGUCAUGGGCAGGAAGACAUCAACCAGCAGCGGCUACGCCUCCAAUUUGCCCCUUCCUGGCUUACAUACCCUGUACAGAAGGCCCGAGGUCGUCACCCGUAGUUUGGCGCCCGUUGUGCCCAAGGGGGAACUGGUCCAGAUGCGGCCAAGACUGGUCACCAGCGCGGACUCGCUGCCCGAACAUAAGAAGACCAAGGCACCGAAAUUCGUGCCGUACGAACCAUAUCCGGGUGCCGUGAAUCCCAUGAUCUCUGAGCCAACGAAUAAACACAAAAUCCAUCGGGAUAAGAACAACUUGGAUAUUGCAGUGCUGGUGGAUCAGGUGUCCACGCUGCGCACCCAGGAAUUGGAGACUGAGCCGACGGAUAUAAAGGAAACAGACACAGCCAGCAGCCAGGAGCUAAACUCACUUAAAGAGGAGCUGGCCAAGAUGCGUGAGGAACGCAAUUACUUUCAAGCCCAGUAUAAGUUCCAAACGCAGGUGAACAGCGAACUGAAGAGCCUUCUGGUGGCCUCCGUGGGCGAGGAUCUGCAGACACGGGUUAAUCUCCUCACGGAGGACAAACUGCAACUGGCCAGAGCUCUACUGGACACUGCAAACAAUUUGACCACCCACACCGAGCAGAUUGAGUUCCUGGCCGGCCAGUGUGAGGUCUGGCGAUCCAAAUUCCUCGCCAGCAGCGUUAUGGUCGAGGAGUUAGCACGCUGGAAAGCCGAUCUCACGCAGAAGAAUCAGCUACUGAACGAGUCAACGAAGCAACUGCUGCAUGCCACCCAUCAGAUCCGCGAAAUUCAGCUAGAUAUGCUGAAACAACUGAAGUUCCUGGCCAAGAUUCGUUUCCUCAACCUUCCCGCCACCGAUGUAAUCAGCCUGAGUGCCGAAAACCUGAACAUUCUCCAACGCAUGGUCCUGCACACUGGCGUGGGCAUUCCCGAGGAGACCCUAAAGUUGUCCAGCGCCAGCACCAGUCCACUUUGUGAGGCGGAGAAGUACGCGGUUAGGGCCUUGGAAUUCAUUAGUCAGCCCCUGAUGGCCACCGAUGAAGCCAUACGAGCACUUUUCGACCAGGCCCAGCGGCCCCACUACGUGCAAUCAGCUGCAUCCGAAGUAGCUCCUGCCGAUAAUCAGCAGCUAGAUAAAACGCAAUAGUUGUCGACAGAAAUCCAUGUUA